GGAUGACCACCAAGAAAACGUUCUUGCGCUUUCGUUUACUAUUACUAUGUUUGUAUUUCAGAUUUUUUGUCAUCACUAAUUGUUUCAAUCCAGCGGAAGAAGGCAACAUCCCGCCUAAGAUAUUUCGCAGCAGUUUACAAGGGAAGGAGCUCAGGAUCGUCACCGGCCACUUUCCACCAGUGAUUUCCAUUUUACGGAAUUCCUCCGGCCACAUCAUUGGGUAUUCAGAUCAACUGUACCUUCAAUUUCUUUACUUGGCUAAGAAAUUAAAGUUCACUUAUAAAAUAUUCCCUGCCGCUGAGAAUACCAACGGAGUCAAAAUCAAUGGAUCCUGGAAUGGAAUAAUCGGAGCUCUAACCAAAGGCGAAGCUGAUUUCGGUUUAGUCCCAGUGGCCGUUUCGCUGGAGCGGUACGAAGCUAUAGAGUUCUGCGGUAGAGUAGGAGGAGACUAUACGGGCAUUCUAAUUAAAUAUCCCGAGGGUAGAAUUUCAUUCACUAGCGCAUUCGACGUUUUCUCUACAGGAAUAUGGAUCGGAUGGAUUAUUUCCGGAGUUGUGGUCGUUGCAGUUUCCACUGUUCUGGCUUACUUUUCAAAAAGAUUGGGUAUUAGAGUUGGAGAAAAUAAGGCUGCAAGUAUUGGGUGGUACUUGUAUGGUACCAUCCUUUCCCAAGGUAGCAACUUCCCAACGAACCAAUUCAAACAGCAGAAACUUCUCGCUGCUGUCUGGUGUUUCGUGGCUUUUGUCUUCGUCAACAUAUACAAUUCCACUUUGACUUCAUACAUGUCAGUGAGAUACCAAAAACCAGUUGUUAAUUCAUUUCACGAUUUGGCGGCCAUCCCGUCCUACCAGGCGACUAUACUAACUGGAUCCAUCCAAGAUAUGGACUUGCUGGAAACAAAUCUCGAGUAUAUGAAAGUCAUCUACGAAAAAAUCAAGAAAUGCUCAUCGGAUUGCAGGAAAUUCACCUUUCCGGAAAUGGUUAAUCCUGUUGUACAGAAGGACAACUACGUUUCGAUAAUACCAUGGAGAGUUGGUAAUUCGUAUUUGGAUAAAUACAACGCGAAAAAAUGCCAGUUAGCUAUGGCGUACGAAAGAACUUCGUGGAAGCCCAUGUUUUUUGCAGUCCCAAAGUCCAGUCCGUACAUUGAGGAAAUUAAUCGAGAGGCCAUGUGGUUCAUAGAUGUGGGACUUAACGGGUAUAACAAGACACCCAAAAAACUGUGCCAGUUGAAUUACAACAGUAACGGCGUGUCGAGCAAGACAUUUAGCAGCCGUAUGAUAUUGGAGCAGUUCUACUUACCAUUCCUCAUUCUUUUCGGUGGCUACUUAUUGGCUUUUAUUCAGUUCUGUCGGGAAAAGCUAUACCCAAUUCGUUAAUGGUAUCCAAUUAGUUAUAACUGAGGAAUAUUCUUUAAAAAAAAACUCGAGUUUAGGUUAUAAUCAUAGUAUACACGACGCAAUUUAUUAAAUACACGAGCAAGC